AAAAACUGAUAAAAUUUUCGAAUUAAUCGAACAAACGAACAGAAAAGCGGUUGGUAUAUGUAGGAAGUCGACGGACGUUGAGGAACUAAGUAAGGUUUACGGCUAGGGAUUGGCUAGUUCAAAAAAUGGGAGGGAAAAAAUUUCUAACGGAAUUUCUCUUUGUUAGAGAGAUGGCUUGGCAAAGGUUCAACCAAUGGGCGUUCCGUUCGAGGGGUCUGGAGGGGUAUAUAAACUUUGUACUUUUAGAUAGCUUAAUCAUUCAGUAUUUGCUCAAAUCUCUGAAACUCAUUCCAAAAUGACUGGUCGCGGCAAAGGAGGAAAAGGACUCGGCAAGGGAGGCGCCAAACGUCAUCGCAAAGUUUUGCGUGACAACAUCCAGGGAAUCACCAAGCCGGCCAUCCGUCGUCUUGCCCGUCGUGGUGGUGUCAAGCGAAUCUCUGGUCUCAUCUACGAGGAGACCCGUGGUGUGUUGAAGGUGUUCCUUGAGAACGUGAUUCGUGACGCCGUCACCUACACUGAACACGCCAAGAGGAAGACGGUGACGGCCAUGGACGUCGUCUACGCAUUGAAACGCCAGGGCCGCACUCUCUACGGUUUCGGCGGUUAAAUCUGACUUUAGUAG